AGAGAGGUUACAAUAAACAGGAGAAGAAAAUUGAAUUGAAGAUAAUGCACAGUGACAAGAAAGUAGCAUUAAAUGCUGGACAGUUCAGGCACAGGCAAGAAAGUGGCAACAAUUCCAGUGUACUAGGUUACUCUCUAGGUUACUCUCUUUUGUUUCUUUUUCUGUUGACUGAACUCUUCCUCAUCACCACCACGUUUAGCUGUUAUAGCUAUUUUAGUCUAGUCUCUGUAUGUAAUUCACUGAUUAUCAUUGUCACUAUUUUUAAGAGAUGUCUUCUUACAUGCGCAACAAGGACCAGUCUUCUCGCACCAGGAAAUUCAUUUUGGAUUUGCCAUCCCUGGCAUCCUCCGCCAACAAAAGCAUCAGACAAGACAGAUUAUCAAGGGGUGAUGCCAGUGAAGUGGAAAGCACUUUGGAAACACUCAGUCAAACCACCUACUCCCCAAAUAAAGAACUGGAUUCUCUAAAUAAGACAACUGACUCUGCCACCAAGGACUACAAGAAGCUUUAUGCAGAGGCACUGGCAGAGAAUAAGAAGCUGAAGGCUUGUCUGGUGGAAAGCAAGCAGGAUCUCGCCAGAUUACGCUUACAACUGGACAAAGUCACACAGCAGGUAUUAGAGAAGAGGGUGUCUAAGAUGGAAGAAGAGCUUAAGUAACUGCCGUAACCAGAGAAAGUGACAGCGGCUGAGCUGGUGGAUCAUGCAACAGACACAGUAUAUAUGAACAGACCCUGAAUUUGAAUUGGGCAAACGCUUUAAAUUUCUGUUUGUGUUGAGUGCAGUGACUAAGCAGGGUGUAAAAAAAUAAAAAUGAGCCUGAAGCUCAGUUGAAAUUA